AAAUGUCAUUUGACAGAUAACAUCUUAAUAACAAUCUACAAGUGGUACGACAAUAAUUUACCCCGAACAGAGAUAGAGAUCUCACCGCUAAUAGUUAUUUUACACUUGGUUUACACCGGAAAGUCAUCUUCGUCCUUCGCCAGCUGCGAAGUUUAAGUUUUGUGAAUUCAAACCCUAAUUUUUAAAUAACUGCAGGAUAAAAUUUCUCCCCGGAAACAGUAGAGGAAAAAAUGUCAGCACAUUCAGCACAUUCAACAGCACCGGUACGAUCACGUACAUCACAAACACCAUCACCAUCACAUUCAGCGUCAGCAUCAAUAGGCUCAUCAGUUCAUAACAAACGUAAAUUACCAUUAUCAUCAGAUCAAUUACCAGCACACCCCUUUUCAUUUUCCGAUACAAGAGACGGAGUUCUUACUUCAAAUGAUGAUCCUGAAAGUAUUAGUGCUCGUGGUGGUGGAGGAAUUUAUAAUACUGAUUUCGAUUCAGAAGAAUUAAUAGAUGAAGAAGAAGAAGAAGAAGAAGAAGAUGAUGACGACGACGAUGAAGAAGAUAAUGAUUCAAUGAGAGUUUUUAACACUGCUAGAUUAGCAAACAACCCGAAUUUAACUAGAAAUACAAAGAAGAAUAAGAAUUUUCCAUUAAAGGUUGAAACUUCGAAGGGGGAUAUUGGUAAGGAAGUCCGUGUGGGGAAUGGAAUUCCAGCAUCAACUGUGGUUAGGUCACUUUCCGGAAUUGUGGUUAAGGAAGAUUUGGUGAAAGGGAUAUUUACUGAUAAUAUACAAACUACUGGUGCUUAUAGUGCUAGAGAAGAAAGCUUAAAGAGAGAGGAGGAAGCUGGACGACUGAAGUUUGUGUGCUUUUACAACGACGGAAUUGAUGAGCAUAUGGUUUGGCUAAUAGGGCUGAAGAAUAUUUUUGCAAGACAAUUACCCAAUAUGCCCAAGGAAUACAUUGUUCGUCUUGUCAUGGAUAGAACCCACAAAUCUGUAAUGAUUGUCAGGCACAAUCAUGUUGUUGGUGGCAUAACAUAUCGCCCAUAUCUCAGUCAAAAAUUUGGAGAGAUUGCCUUUUGUGCAAUUACAGCAGAUGAACAAGUAAAAGGGUAUGGGACAAGAUUGAUGAAUCACCUAAAACAGCAUGCUCGUGAUGUUGAUGGGCUCACUCAUUUUCUAACUUAUGCAGACAACAAUGCUGUUGGUUAUUUUAUUAAGCAGGGGUUCACAAAGGAGAUUUAUUUGGACAAAGAUAGAUGGCAAGGGUAUAUUAAAGACUAUGAUGGAGGAAUCCUCAUGGAAUGCAAAAUGGAUCCUAAGCUUCCUUACACUGAUUUGUCAACUAUGAUCCGCAAACAGAGGCAGGCAAUCGAUGGAAAGAUACGAGAACUCUCAAACUGUCACAUUAUCUAUCCAGGAAUUGACUUUCAAAAGAAGGAAGCUGGCAUUCCAAAAAGAAUAAUCAAAAUCAAGGAUAUUCCUGGCUUGAGAGAAGCUGGGUGGACUCCUGACCAGUGGGAUCAUCAGCAAAGUAGGGCAAUGAGCACUUCAGCAGACGGCAUCGCUUAUUGCCAGUCCUUGAAUGCCUUUAUGCACACUCUUCUAAAGAUGAUGCAUGAAAACCCUGAUGCUUGGCCAUUCAAGGAACCAGUUGAUUCACGCGAUGUCCCUGAUUAUUAUGAUGUCAUCAAAGACCCUGUUGAUUUAAAGACGCUAUCGAAACGGCUGGAGUCGGGGCAAUAUUACGUUACGCUUGAGAUGUUUGUUGCAGAUGCGAAGAGGAUGUUCUCUAAUGCUCACACCUACAACUCGCCAGAGACUAUCUAUCAUAAAUGUGCUACCAGGCUAGAAAAGUUCUUUAUGAGUAAAGUUGAAUCUGGUCUCCAAGCUUCUAGCAAAAAUUCAGCUAUAAUGAAUAUGUAGGCCACUAUGCUCACCAAUUUCACUAUCUAGAAAGGGGAAGGUGAGUCCUUCCGGACUAGGGAAGCAAAAACCUACAGUUUUUAACUUGGAAGCAUAACUACAUCUUCUCGUGCUUUGGCGGAAGGCUGUAAUUUUCUGCAAUCAGACCCACUAGCUACAUGUACUUGCUUCAGUUGCGUGCUGGAUAAAAUGCGAGCUACCAGCGUGAAAUUAGUCAAGUCCGAGCGUAACUAAGUUGAGGGAUGUUAUGUCUUAAUUGUUCGCUUCGUAUUCGUGUAAAGUAGGCUUCAUUUGCUAGUAGAAUUGACUUAAUUGCGGUCCCUUUAACAUAAAAUCAAAUUAAAAUAUUGCGAC